AAUUAUACAAUUUUCAAAUACAAAAACAGAUAAACAUAAACUAGAAUUAAUUAAGAAAAAUAAGGUUGCUGGAAACGAAUGAAAAGGGGCUCGCUGCUCUUCAACAGUCUCGUUAGUGACUGAACCCCCCAAGCAAAUUCCCCGGUUAACGAACAAGACUAGUUAUCAAAAUGGAGCAAACCACGUUUUUCACACUUGGGCAACGCGUCCACUCAUCCACCGAUCCCCGCCGCGUGGGUACUGUGAAGUUCGUUGGCAACGUGGAAGGGUACUCUGGCACUUGGGUCGGGGUCGACUGGGACAAUGAAGGAGAUGGCAAACAUGAUGGCUCCAUCAAUGGAGUCCGAUACUUACAAGGUCGAUCCCAAAACUCCGCCUCAUUCCUGAGACCUCAGAACCUCAGCCUCGGCAUUUCACUUCUUCAAGCCCUUAAGCUCAGAUAUCAAUCCCAAUCCACCGAACAAGAUGAGGAUGAAAUGUAUGUGCUUUCAGCCAGCAACAAGCGUGUAUCAGUUCAACUAUUGGGUAAAGACAAGAUCCAAGACAAGCUAAGUCGAUUUGAAGAGCUGACAAGUGCAUCAAUAUCGUAUUUGGGUGUCAGCACUCCUGGAGAUCCGGCUGAAAUUAGUGCUUCUGUGCCAAAUUUAAAGGAGCUUGACUUGAUGGGAAAUUUGAUUACGGAUUGGAAGGAUGUUGGCACCAUAUGUGAACAGCUACCGCAUCUUGUAGCACUCAAUCUGUCUAAUAAUUUAAUGACACAGAACAUUACAGGGUUGCCCCUACUAAAAGCCAUCCGUGUUUUAGUUUUGAACAGUACGGGCAUAAACUGGUCACAGGUUGAAAUCCUUGAACAUUCAUUACCAGUGAUCGAGGAGUUACACCUGAUGGGGAAUAACAUAAGCAGCAUAAAGGAUUGGGUUGUGAGCAACGCUAAUGGCAGCUUUGCUAUCACAGUACAACUUUAUUGCACUUUGUUUUCUGCUUCGCCAAGUCACAAGGUUUCCCCAAACAAAUGUACGCCAACAUCUUCCUCCACCGUUCAGGGAUUUGAUUCUUUGCGGCUUCUGAAUUUGGAAGAUAAUUGCUUAGCUGAAUGGGAUGAUAUCUUGAAACUUUCUCAACUGAAAAGUUUGGAGCAGCUUUAUUUGAACAAGAACAAGUUGACCUGCAUCUUUUACCCAGAUAAGAAUAAGAUACAAGAAUUUCUCAGUAAUCAUGAGUCAUGUGAGGAAAGCUACUUUCCGUUUCAAAAUCUACGAUGCCUUCUUCUCGGAAGUAAUGAAAUUAACGAUUUGGCUUCAAUUGACUCAUUGAACACUUUCCCAAAACUUAUUGACAUCAGGUUUUCUGAUAAUCCGAUAGCUGAUCCUGGAAGAGGUGGUCUCCCACGAUUUGUUUUGAUUGCACGAUUAGCAAAAGUUGAAAUGCUAAAUGGAAGUGAGAUAAGUGCUCGUGAAAGAAAGGAGUCAGAAAUCCGAUAUGUGCGCCUAGUAAUGUCAAAGUUGCUUGAUAAUCCAGAAGAGAUCAACUGCCUUCAUCCCCGGUUUGUUGAGUUGAAGAACUUUUAUGGGAUUGAGGAUGAAAGGCCAUCAGUGGGAGCAGCAGGCCCUCAGAAGAUGGCCUCCGGACUAUUGUCUAUCACUCUGAAAUGUGUGGCCUCAUCAGUCGGUGAGAAGCUUCCGUUGACAAAGAAAUUGCCAGCCACUACCACAGUUGGAAAACUGAAGGCUCUUUGUGAAAGCUUUUUUAAACUCAAGUCGUUGAAGCUGAAAUUGUUUCUUCAAGAAGAGGGCUCUCCUUUGCCAAUGUUGCUUGAUGAUGAAAUGGCAACAUUAAUGGACAUGGGGAUUGGGAAUGAAUCUACCAUUAUCGUGGAUGAAGAGAGUUGACCAACAAUCUGAUUGAGGUAUCCAAGAAAGCUUGUGUGUGCCUUCCUGUUUCUACAUGGCAUAACAUCUUCCGUUUUCAGAUGUUUGGAACUGUACUAAAAUCAAAUGAUCUUUAGUAGGAUGAUACCUGCUGAGGCUGAGAUGAGUUGUGCUUUUGGAGUUUCCAGAAGAAAGAAACACAUAAUGAGGGUUUGAGUAGUUGAAAUGGCUGUCAAAAGAGAGCAUCAGAGUUUGUGUUAUAUAGGGUAAACUAAGGAAUAGAUAUUGGGCUGCUUGUGUGAAAUUCUGGCAUUGGCAUCAACAUCUGUACCAUCUUAACGCCCAGUACUUUUGGUCAACGUACAAAUUUUCGAUGUCCGGUUAUAUCUUUACAAGAAUCAGUGUUUGAUUUAUUAUAACAUCAAUAGUAAAUAAAGGACUAAACUAUCAAAA